AGCAAGGGUUUAGCUUCUUCCUUGAAUUUCAAGACUCUCUUUGAAGAUGUUUGAUUCUUUGAGUCCUCAAGUUUUUCAGAUUCCUUUCACUUUUCCAAUCUUUUUCAAGAAUCCCAUUUCUACUCCAACUCAUAAAUCCUUUUGUUUCUUCUACAAAUCCAUCCAAACUGAUUCCCCUUAAAAAAAUCAAACCAACAAAAAACAAAAACCAACCAAAAAUGUUGUCUUUGUUUGUCAUAAUCACAACACUAUGUUUCUCAAUUCCUUCCUCUAUUUCCACUGAUUUUCAUGCCUUAGUCACUCUCAAACAAGGCUUUGAUUCCAUUCCUUUUGCUUUAAACACUUGGAAUUCUUCAAACCCUACUUCUGUUUGUUCAUGGGCUGGAAUUAAAUGCUUUCAAAACCGAGUUAUUUCACUAAACUUGUCAAAUAUGAGAAUCCAUGGCUCUGUUUCCCCUGUUUUUUCGUCUCUAGACCGUCUCACCGAGCUGUCCCUAGACGGAAACAACUUCACAGGAGAAUUCAGUCUCUCCAACUUAACAUCUCUCCGGUUUUUAAACAUAUCAAAUAACGCAUUUAGUGGUGGGCUAGAUUGGCAUUACUUAACCUUGCCAAAUUUAGAAGUUCUUGAUGUUUACAACAAUAAUUUUUCAUUUCCCCUGCCUAUGGGAAUCACAAGCCUCAAGAAACUCAAAUACUUGGAUUUGGGUGGGAAUUACUUUUAUGGUAAAAUCCCGGAAAGCUAUGGAAAAAUGGUAACAUUGGAAUACUUGUCACUUGCUGGAAAUGAUCUACAUGGAAGGAUUCCGGCGGAAUUGGGUAAUCUAACAAAUUUGAAAGAGAUUUACAUGGGCUAUUACAAUGUGUUUGAAGGUGGGAUUCCAAAAGAGUUCGGAAAACUGGUCAAUCUAGUUCACAUGGAUCUUUCUUCAUGUGAGCUAGAUGGGCCAAUUCCUCCGGAACUCGGAAACUUACAUUCCAUUGACACUAUAUAUCUUCAUAUCAAUCUCCUUUCAGGACCAAUUCCAAAACAACUUGGGAAUCUAACAAGCUUAAUAUACCUAGACCUCUCUGCCAAUGCACUUUCGGGCCAAAUCCCAAAUGAGAUAGAAAAUCUUAAAAGUCUUAAACUUUUGAAUCUUUUCAUGAACAGGUUACAUGGGUCGAUUCCGGAUUUUGUUGCCGAGUUUCCGGAUUUGGAAACUCUUGGUCUUUGGAGUAACAACUUCACUGGUGUGAUUCCAGAGAAUCUUGGUAGGAAUAAGAAUCUUCGUGAGCUCGAUUUGUCGUCUAAUAAGCUCACUGGUACGAUUCCUAGUGAUCUUUGUGCUUCUAAUCAGUUAAGAAUCUUGAUUCUUUUGAAAAACUUUUUGUUUGGGUCUAUUCCAGAAGAUUUGGGUUCGUGUUCGAGUCUUGUUAGAGUGAGAUUAGGGGAGAAUUACUUAAAUGGUAGCAUUCCUGAUGGAAUGAUCUACAUGCCCGAAUUGAAUUUACUCGAGCUGCAAAACAACUAUCUUUCGGGUAACAUUUCUGAUAAUAGAAAUCCUUCUUCAAGACCGGUCAAGUUAACUCAGCUUAACUUAUCAAAUAAUCAGCUUUCGGGUUCUUUACCCUCAUCCAUUUCAAACUUUUCUUCCCUCCAAAUACUUUUAGUCGCCGGAAAUAGAUUUUCUGGUCCAAUUCCGACAACUAUUGGUGAGCUUCACGAAGUAUUAAAGCUCGACUUAAGUGGGAAUUCCCUGUCUGGGGAAAUCCCACCUGAUAUUGGAAACUGUGUCCAUCUCACCUACCUUGACUUGAGCCAGAAUAAUCUUUCUGGCUCAAUCCCUCUUGAAAUUUCAGAUGCACGAAUUUUAAACUACUUGAAUGUUUCAAGAAAUCAUUUAAACAAUUCCAUCCCUAAGUCCAUCGGAACCAUGAAGAGUCUCACAAUUGCUGAUUUUUCGUUCAAUGAUCUCUCGGGUAAACUACCCGAAUCUGGUCAAUUUUCGUUCUUUAACGCGUCUUCCUUUGCGGGUAACCCUCAACUUUGUGGCCAAAUACUGAACAAUCCAUGUAAUGUUAGCAAUAUCAUUGAUUCUGCUAACAAAAAGCCAGCAAAGUUUAAGUUACUAUUCGCUUUGGGCCUUCUAAUUUGUUCUCUAGUAUUCGCGGCUGCAGCUAUGUUUAAGGCCAAGACAUUUAGGAAAUCUAGUUCAGAUAGAUGGAAGAUGACAUCUUUUCAAAAGCUCGAUUUUACAAUAUCCGACGUUCUUGAAUGCAUCAAAGACGGUAACGUGAUAGGACGAGGUGGAGCUGGAAUUGUUUACCAUGGUAAAAUGCCAAAUGGGACCGAAAUUGCAGUUAAAAAGCUACUUGGUUUUGGCAACACAAGCCAUGACCAUGGAUUUAGAGCCGAAAUCAGAACACUAGGAAACAUUCGACACAGAAACAUCGUUAGACUUUUAGCAUUUUGCUCAAACAAAGACACGAACCUUCUCGUGUACGAGUACAUGAGAAAUGGUAGCUUAGGAGAGGCCUUACACGCGAAACUUAAAAGCGGAAUCCUUGGAUGGAAUUUAAGGUACAAAAUAUCGAUAGAGGCUGCUCGCGGCUUAUGUUACCUUCAUCAUGAUUGUUCACCUUUAAUAGUCCAUCGAGACGUAAAAUCUAACAACAUUUUACUUAACUCGAGCUACGAAGCGCACGUAGCAGAUUUCGGGCUCGCAAAGUACCUAAUGGAUGGUGGUGCAUCCGAAUGCAUGUCCGCAAUCGCGGGCUCAUAUGGUUACAUUGCUCCUGAAUAUGCUUAUACGUUACGAGUGGACGAAAAGAGUGACGUGUACAGCUUUGGAGUCGUGCUUCUUGAGUUGAUAACGGGGAGACGUCCAGUGGGUGGAUUUGGUGAUGGUGUAGAUAUUGUACAGUGGGCUAGGGCGUCGACUAGGUGUCGUAAAGAGGAAGUGAGUUGCAUUAUCGACCCAAGGCUCGUUAAUGUUCCUCAAGAUGAAGCGACACAUUUGUUGUUCAUUGCUAUGUUGUGUAUUCAAGAAAAUAGCGUUGAAAGACCGACGAUGAGAGAGGUUGUUCAAAUGCUUUCAGAGUUCCCACGAGAGUUGCCAGAGAAUCAAACGUAGUCGUCUAAUGUUGUUUUUCUUCAGCCGAAAAAACUUGAAAAAGAUAUAACUUACCCAAAGCUUGGACAAGAUCUUUUGGUUUAGUAAGUUGCAGUUUUGUUGGUUUUUGUUUUUAACUUUCCAAAAUUGGCUUGGGUUUUUUGUUUAAAAAACAUGAUAUGUGCACAAAGUCAUCAAGUUUCUCUGAUGUGCUCCUUCAUGAAUUAGAACAUAAAAGUUGAGGGUAAUUUAGUAAAUGUAGUUGGUUAUAGAGGGUGUACUUUGGGUAGAUAUAAGAGAAAACCUUGCAAUCUUGAUGUGUAUUCUUUUUGUUUAUAUGCAUGCCAAUGUAUUUAUUCCUAA